GCUGUGUGGUGAUAACUGAUUGUAGGAAACUUUCCCAGUUCAAAUCAUAUUUUUUUAAUUUCAUAAUUUUCUAUUCCACAAAAAUGAGGAAGUACAUUUCAUUAUUCGCAGUUUUCAUUUUUCUUCACGAAACACAAGGAGUCGAGUCAGGUGUGGAGAUUUGCCCAGAUUCUGUACGAGUUCAAGAGGACUUUUCGCUCCAUGAUUACAUGGGAACAUGGUACGGUCAAGCGUCUACUGAGAAGGCCAUCGAACUUGCAGGAAGAUGCAAUCAAGAUACUUUCACUUAUGAUCACGAUAAAAACGAAGUACAUAUGACAUCACAAGGGAUUACCAGUCCGGAAUUAAAGGAAUUGACCAUGUUCGAAAUCACAGCUGUUGAAACCGACCCUAAUAAAAAGGAGGGCAUAUUUAAUGUCACCAUUAACGUUCCACCCUACGGAGAGGUUAUAGUCCCUUACUGGGUUCUAGAGACAGACUAUAAUACUUACAGUAUCGUGUAUUCCUGUGUAAACUUCUACGGUUUACAUCAAUUACGGAAUAUUAACUUGUUUACGAGGAAUCAAGACAUUCAGGACUCUUCGGAAAUGCAUAGGCUGUUUAACAGAGUCGAAGCCGUCAUGGCCGCAAACAACAUACAUCUGCCUCCCCUGGUAUCAGCCGAUCAAACCAACUGCCAUCGCUAAGGUAGCUUGUUCAGAAACACUCUGUACUAUCUCUGAGUUAUAUUUGAGCUAAAAUAAACCAUUCAUAGAUUAGACAGAUAUUGUAUAUGGUAUGGACUAAAA